AUGACGCUGUUCUGCGUUCGCCUCCUCUUUGAUGACUUCAAUCUGUUUGGCCUGGUCGUUCCGCAUUCUCGCAAUCUCUCCAUCGAUUUCUUGAUCUUUCGUAUCGAAUUCAUCUCUCGCUGCAUCUCUCAGGUCACGUCUCUGAGCUUGGAAAUUCUGGAACUCAUUGAACAUUCGCUGCCACCUAUCCUCGUGGCCUGCGGUGUGUCUUUUACCGCCCCGGGAAUGUGGGAUGCCCUCAACAACCUGGGGGCCGGCGGCGCAGCAGAGCCAUACGCCGUGUCGGCCGCCAACGCGCUCGUCUAUGGCCUCUUCUUCCUCGUCUGCAUCGCCGCCGGGGCCAUCAACAACCGGAUCGGGCUGAAGUGGGGCCUGGCCCUCGGAAGCAUUGGAUAUCCCAUCUACGGCGCCGGUCUCUACGUGAACAGCACCUCGGCCGUCACCUGCUCCGGCUCCGUCAGCACCUCGACCUACAUCGCCUUCAUCGUCAUAAUGUGCCUGGGCCUGCCCAUCGCCGUGCUCCUCAGCCCGGCGGACAAGGUCUGGCGCAGGGACGGCACCCGCGUCGUGACGCAGAGGGAGGCGACGUUCGGGGCCGAGUUCAGGGCGGUAUGGGGCCUCCUCGGGUCGCCGCGGAUCCUGCUGCUGCUGCCGGCCUUCUUCAUCAGCUACUUCUACAACGGCCUCAUGAGCACGUGGCUCACGACCUACUUCACCGUCCGCGCGCGCGCCUUCUCGUCCUUCUUCACCAACUUCGCCGGCAUCUUCAGCUCCUUCAUCAUCGCCUCGCUGCUGGACCGGCAGGGCAUCCCCAUCCGGACGCGCGCCAGGGCCGCCUUCUGCGCCAUCCGGUACUACGCCGCCGCCGGCCCGGGCCCCGUGUUCGACUGGUUCCGCGGCGGGUUCGGCGCCUCGUACGCGCUCGUGUUCUUCUGGCAGUUCGCGGGCCAGGCGUUCCAGCAGUUCCUGUACUGGCUCGUGGGCCAGUACACGACCGACCUGUCCUCCGUGUCGAGGCACACGGGCAUCCUGAGGGGGUUCGAGGCGCUGGGCCAGACUGUCGCGUGGGCGAUGCAGAGCGAGGCCAGGGUCAACCACUUUGUCAGCAUCGGCAUCAACUUUGGCGUGCUGCUGCUUACUGGAGAAGAGCCACGAGAUUACGCGCACGGCCGCGGAUCUAAGCGCCGAGUCGUUUGGCGAUGGUGCCACGGAUGGGCCCGUGAAGCAGGCUGA